UUGGUGCCGGCAGUGCGGACACUAGUAAGACCAUUUGCCUAUAGCAGGGCAAUGGCUAUUUAUUUAUUUCAGCUUUUUAGUGUAUAAGCUAUAUAUAAAUACUAUUUAGCGGCCAGUGGCAGAGGCCAAUACAAUAAAAGGCUUUAAGACAUAUAACAAAAAUAUACUGACAAUAGGAACUGCGAAUAUCGAUAGCGAUGCGUCGCGAUCGAUACUCGCGGCUACGAUUUAUGAACUAGUUCAUUGGUAUCGCAGCCGCGAGCAUCGACGGCCUCACAUCACCAUCGGUAUCGCAGCCCUUUUUGUUUACAUUUCAGAGUUGGAAUAAAUUUCUUUCAUGUAUUUCAUUUUUCUUAUUAGCGCCAGCGCUUUUCGGUGGAUGCCCUCCUUGUUUCGACGGGAUUGUCUACGGGAGUUGUGUACAGCUGAAGCUAGCAGCAGGUUCAGCGUUAGUUCCUCGGGGUCCAGAAAAGGUGCCCGAGAGGAGCUCCAGCCAGCGGAUGAGUCGUUGCUCAAGGCAUCUGCUGGGGUCAAACCAGCUGCAGUCAACAGAUCCAGGUGAGCAGUGGGAGGAGACUCAAUGCCAGCAGCAGGCCGGUGCCAGAUGUGGCCGAUGGUUGUUAAUUUCGACUUCUUUCCCAUCCGUUGGACUUGGGGCAGUAGCAGGUGCGCCGGUCAGCUGGGAGUAACGCAGCUAGUGAUUACGCCAGCAGCCAGGCUUGGAGCAGUGUUGCCAGUGUCUACAGAGCAUCCAGUCAGCUGGUGUCCAGGAAUUUGCCAGGUUUCUUGCACACUGGGGAGCCAAUUGGGACCCGUUUUUGCUGCUGUGGGCGGUGUUUGUGCUGCAGAGUCUGGAACGCAGGAGGCGCCAACCAAGGCUGAAGUAGGUGCCAAUUUUUGGUGACAUCAGUGCAGCUCCAGCCAGCAGAUGUGGUGUUGCCGGAUACAUCUGUUGGGGAGAAGCUAGCUGCGGAGUUUGUGGCGAUGCCAUCCAACGGGACCAAAGGAGCAGUAGUGGGAGUAUCAGUUCCCGCAGUAAGCCAAGCAGUAGGAGCCAGUGGGG